GCGCUGUAGUUGGUAUUGCGAAGGAAGUGACGGCUCAGCGUUAGGUGAAAAAAAAAACUGAGAAGAAAAACAGAAAGCAAGACCGAGGCAGCAUGCACUACUCUCUGAAUGAAACGGAGAGGUGUCACACUGCGACUGUACUUACGGCCAGGGGCUGUAGGAAGGUCCUGAAUGAGAAGUUCGGUCGGAGUGAAAAUCUGAGAUUGAUUUCGCGUCGCGCUGAGUUGUAAUUCACUCAGAGAAGAAUCUUUGCCAGUUCAUUCAGAGAAUGUUCUGUUGUCCGUACUACUUCGAAAGUAUGGAAACAACACAACGACUGAUUUACCACCAGCGCAGAGAACCGCGGAUAUGUUCCAAGUUUGGCGGAUUGAGAUGAAGUUUGGUAUAUUGUGAUCUUCAACUGGGACUUUUCGGAACUUCUUAUCAAGAAUUCAGAAAUUUGCUUCUGCGAUUUGUUGGACGAUUUGGGAUGUUUGCGAGGUGGAUUUUACGGGGUUCAGUUCGGAUAAGUUUAUUUCUCUGGGUGAUAAAUUUAAUUCAACUGGGAUUUUGCUCAGAAUUAAAGGUGCGUGUACGCUUACCUGAUGGACAAAUCACUAAUGAAGUUUUAGAAGCGGACAGUGAGCGAGACUCCAUAAGCUUGGAGUACAAGCAAGGAGAUGGCACGCUCAUAACUUUUGUCGCUGAUUUUAAACAGGAUGUGAAGAUCUUCCGGGCCCUGAUCCUGGGGGAGCUGGAGAGAGGUCAGAGCCAGUACCAGGCCCUCUGCUUCAUCUCGCGCCUCAGCCACAAUGAGAUCAUCCCCAGCGAGUCUAUGGCACGCCUCAGACAGAAAAACCCGCACGCAAUCCGCACGGCGGAGGAACGUCGCGGCGUGGAGGAGAUGACCAUGAGCGUGGCGGUGAACCUGACGCGGACCUGGCAGCUGAGCGCACACAUCCACAACAUGUGCAGCGUGGCCCGCGAGGCCGUCUACACACGAGAGGCUGACGUCAAACACUGGCUGGAGCGAGGUGUGGAGGGCUCCAUGUUCGAGCCACUCCCUCAGGCAGCGGACACGCCAGGGCUGCAGAGCUGCUCGCUGACGCAGGACAUGUGGCAGCCCUGCUCCUGCUCCUACGGCCUGCGCCUGGAGUGGUACCCCUGCCUGCUCAAAUACUGCCGCAACCGCGACACCACCGGCCGCGGAAACCCCUACAAGUGUGGAAUCAAGAGCUGCAGUAAGGGCUACCACUUCACGUACUACGUCCCCCACAAGCAACUCUGCCUCUGGGACGGAGAGGCCUAGCCAGGACAGACACACACACACACACACACACACACACACACACACAGACAGACGAACAGAGAGAGCGGCAUGAUGGGAUUGCUGAGUUAGCAACGCUAACGCCUCUGUGUGGCUGUUGGUGGCGCUCUUUCUAGUUGGUAAUGAUCAGCAGGACAGACUCCAGCUCCAACACUGUGUCAACCCAAAAAUAAGAGUAGUCCAUCAGGGUGGGGGGGAGGGUAGAAGAGGAAGGGAGGAGGAGAAGAGAGGAAAGGAAAGGAGAGGAGAGGGGAGCAGAGGGGAGGGGAGGAGUAGAGAGGGGAGGAGAGGGGGUGACGAGCGCAGUGGACAGACUCAGGAGGGGAAUAUGAGAGCAGAGAUCUGACCACCAGAACAAGUGUCAGUGUCUUAUGCAGCCUAGUGCCUGCGUAUGAGGAGCAGCACAGUCUGUGUGUGUGUGUGUGUGUGUGUGUGUGUGU